UUGACAGAAGCGUCUACAUGUUUUCCAGAACCAACCAGCGUUACCCGAACCGAGCAUUCUUCGGUUCUGGUGGCCGUACACUUUCAGCCACUAUCUAUUCUCACAACCAUUUACCCCUUCCUUGCAUUCAAAAUUACACGAUUUGCCACUACCUCUUUUUUUUCCGUCUUCUUUCGGUCUUCUCGCACCUUCUUCUUCUUUGUUUUCAACCAUAAUCUCUCACUCUCUUCUCGUCCGUGGAAUGUAAAGUAACAUGGCUUCUCUUCAGUUCCGUUACAUUCUCUCUCCUCUUUCGUCCAAACUUCCGCUUCCGCACUCCACCGGGCCAAGAUUUUCUCGCACUUUCCCGUCUCAUUUUCCCGCAAAGUUGCGCGUUUUCUCCUUCGCAGGGAGGAAGCAACUUCUCUCAAUUUGCUGCUCCUCCAAUACUGGUUCCCAGCUUCAGAGAGUCGCUGUUCCGGAAAACGAUGAACGGCCUCCCUUUGAUAUCAAUCUCGCGGUUAUUCUAGCGGGAUUCGCCUUCGAGGCCUACGCAACUCCCCCUGAAAACAUGGGCAGGCGUGAAGUUGAUGCUGCUGGUUGCAAAACAGUCUACCUUUCGGAGGAAUUUAUUCAUGAAAUUUAUGAUGGUCAACUCUUCAUAAAGUUGAAAAAAGGAUUCAAUUUCCCUGCCAUGGAUCCAUGGGGAACAAGUGAUCCAUAUGUGGUCAUACAGAUGGAUUCUCAGACUGCUAAAAGCAAUAUCAAAUGGGGGACAAAAGAGCCAACAUGGAAUGAGGAGUUUACUUUUAAUAUUAAGCUGCCUCCAAGCAAAUCUUUACAGGUUGCAGCUUGGGAUGCAAACCUUGUAACUCCUCACAAACGAAUGGGAAAUGCAGGUGUUGAUCUGGAAUGGCUUUGUGAUGGAGAUGUGCAUGAAAUACUGGUUGAGUUGGAAGGAAUGGGUGGCGGCGGAAAGGUUCAGCUGGAGGUUAAAUAUAAGACCUUUGAUGAAAUUGAUGAAGAGAAAAGGUGGUGGAAGAUUCCUUUUGUUUCAGACCUUCUAAAGAUAAAUGGUUUUGAUUCUGCAUUCAGAAAGGUUAUUGGUUCUGAUACAGUGCAAGCUCGACAAUUUGUGGAAUAUGCAUUUGGGCAGUUAAAGUCUUUUAACAAUUCAUAUCUUCUGAAGGGCCAGAUGCCUGAUAUUAAUAAUGAUAAGUAUGACAUUGAAGGUACUGGGGAACUGAAUGAAUCUGCUUCUGUGUUUAAUAUGCCUUCUCAUGAAGCUGGUAGCUCAGAAGCCUCUAAGGAAACUCGCAGUGAACAGAGGAACUCAAAUGAGUUUCACAAGCAUGACAGUGAUACUGAAAAUGGACAUGCUUCAGAAAAACCAUCAACAAAAGUGAGUGAGGAAGAGCUGUCAAAUCAAAUUUUUUGGAGGAAUUUUGCUAAUGUUAUCAAUUCUAAUAUUGUUCAAAAGCUAGGUCUUUCUGUUCCUGAGAAAUUUAAGUGGGAUGGAUUGGAGUUUUUGAACAAAAUUGGCUCACAAUCACAAAAUAUUGCAGAAGCCAUAUAUGUUCAAUCUGGUCUUGCAAUGCCUGGAGGCACAGAUGAUACCAAUGAUAAAACAAGUGGCCAACCUGCCCUUGCCGCAAUUCAGUCUUCACUUCCAGAGGUCAGAAAAGCAACAGAGAAUUUGAUGAGGCAGACUGAGUCAAUUUUAGGAGGUUUAAUGCUUUUGACUGCAGCAGUUUCCAAAAUGAACGAUGAAGGGCGUUCUUCAGAAGAGAGGAAAAUCAAAGAAGAUUCUAUCAAAGCAGGAGGCAAUGAUAUACUAUAUUCUACUAGUAAGAAAUUUCCUGGCUCCCAAAAUCUGUUGGUGUUGGAUGAUAAAAAAGCUGAAGAGAUGAGAAAACUAUUUUCUACUGCUGAAAGUGCUAUGGAGGCUUGGGCAAUGCUCGCCACAUCUCUGGGCCAUCCUAGUUUGAUUAAGUCUGAAUUUGAAAAAUUAUGUUUCUUAGAUAAUGCAUCCACAGACACACAGGUUGCAAUUUGGCGUGAUUCUGUGCGAAGAAGGUUAGUGGUUGCUUUUAGGGGAACAGAGCAGUCUCAAUGGAAGGAUUUAAGAACUGAUCUAAUGCUUGUUCCAGCCGGGCUGAAUCCUGAAAGGAUAGGUGGAGAUUUCAAGCAAGAGGUUCAAGUUCAUAGUGGUUUUCUGAGUGCGUAUGAUUCAGUAAGGACCAGGAUUAUUUCCCUAAUUCGACUUGCAAUUGGUUAUGUAGAUGAUCAUUCAGAGUCACUCCACAAAUGGCAUGUUUAUGUGACUGGUCAUAGUUUGGGUGGCGCAUUGGCAACCUUGCUUGCUCUUGAACUUUCAUCUAAUCAAUUAGCUAAGCAGGGAACAAUUUCUAUUUCUAUGUAUAACUUCGGUUCUCCUAGAGUUGGUAACAAAAGAUUUGCAGAAGUUUACAAUGAGAUAGUUAAAGACAGCUGGCGAGUUGUGAAUCACAGAGAUAUUAUACCUACAGUUCCCCGGUUAAUGGGUUAUUGUCAUGUUGAGCAACCUGUAUUUCUUGCUGCAGGGGUUUUAAGAAAUGCCCUAGAAAACAAAGAUAUUUUGGGAGAUGGUUACGAAGGUGAUGUUCUUGGGGAAUCCACACCAGAUGUUAUAGUCAGUGAAUUUUUGAAGGGUGAGAAGGAGCUUAUUGAGAAGUUAUUACAGACUGAAAUAAAUAUAUUCCGCUCAAUCAGAGAUGGAAGUGCUCUAAUGCAGCACAUGGAGGAUUUUUAUUACAUCACGCUACUUGAGAAUGUAAAAUCAAAUUACCAAGCUGUCUCAAGAUCAGACCAGGGUGAAAACUAUAGCUUAUAAUGAGCCAACAAAGUUAUGUGUUACCCUACUAGAAGAAUUCUAAAUACAAUUGUAGAUAAGGUGUUGAGAAGAGCAUAUAUAUAUUGGAGGUCACUUACAACCACAUCUUUACUGGUAUGCGAGGAAAAUGGCAGCCAUGCAGUACUUCCAGUAUAGUUUACAAAUGGAGCUGAUAGACGUGGGAGCUGCUAGAGACUGCAAGUGGAAAAAAUAUCUAUCAAAAUUUAUAGUUUUAAUAUUUUAGUCAUUUUCCUUAUGAUGAUAGAAAUUGAUGCUAUUAUAGCAUGCAUAUCAAAUAUUCAAAGAUACACUUGUCUUAGAAAUGCAAUGUGUCAUGUCUAAUCCGUUUUCCGAUGUCAAGCAUUUAUAGUCUCAUACAGAAUGUUGUAAAUAUGCUUAAUAAUGUUUGAAGAAUCAGGCAUUGUUGUUACUGAUAUUAUUGUUAUUGUUGAGAUGCACCUUUGCAGGGUGCGGGGGAAGAGGAAAGUUUCCAGCAAUUGCAAGAGGAUGAUAUGUGUUGCUGGCAUUUAUUUCCUAAAGAAGAAAAAGAUAGAUGGAAAACACUGAUUUUGCUUUGUUCAACUGUUUAAUUUAACCAAAUGAAACCGUAAAAAAAAUCAAUUUUU